AUGGUGCCGUUAUUACUUAUAGUUGUAAGUGUUGCAGGAUUGAUUAACUUCUCAAAUGCGGCGUCAGCUGGUUUCGUCGUACCAUGCGUUGCCUCUGACGAGAAAUGUUUAUUUGAUAACCUUGAUAGAGGUAUAGUGGCAUAUAAAGAUGGCAUACCAGAGCUAGGAGUCGAAAAAAUGGACCCAAUGCACUUAAAGGAGGUAGACGCUAGUUCACCAAACCUCAAGUUUUUGCUCAAGGAUCUUACAGUCACUGGGUUGAAGUCUUGCAAGCCACUCAAACUGAAGCGUGAUCCAUCAAAGUCAACUAUUGUCAUAAAACUCGAAUGUCCGAUAAAACUCGACGGACAGUACGAGCUGGAUGGGCAGGUCCUCGUGUUGAAAGUCGGUGGAAAAGGAAAAAUUCACGUCUUCCUCAAAAAACUGGAUAUCGAGGUGAUCUUGGAUAUUGUGAAGAAGGAAAAGAACGGUGAAGAAUACAUGAAAGUCAAGAAAUUCACUCACUCCUAUGAACUGAAGGAGAAGUCCGACCUUGUGUUUGAAGGGUUAUUCCAGGAGAACAAAGUUUUAAAUGAAGCUGCCAAAGAUUUGAUCAACAACAGUCCUAAUGAAAUCAUCAAUGAAAUCGGGGGCGGACUAUUCACAGCGUGUAUCACUGAAGUUGUUAAAAAUGUCAACAACAUGUUCUCUCAUAUUCCUACCAAACAGCUUGUUCUGGAUUGA